AUGACGCCAUUACCACAAAUCCACAACUUCUUCUCGGACAUUGGGAGCAGAUGUCGUCAAGUACUCUGUCUGAAGCCGUCUUCGCCUCCUAAAGUCAUACAAAUUAGCGCUCCUUUCGACUUCAAAGAAGGUCCAGCUAUACACUUCCCAGGUUACAGCGAAGACGAUAUAUCUCUGAUGCGAGAGAAAGCCCUAGCCUCCACCGCAGUCGUCGAAGACGGACGAUUCGAUUACCACACAAAGCGUGUGGUCCCCAGGUCACGCGGAGGUUCAUUCAGUUGUGGGCUGGGAGAGAGAGUGGUGUACCAUGCUAGAAGAGUCAGCAAAGGGCGUUUACAUUGA